UUUCAUAUCAAUCAACCUCAAAACUCUUUUUUCUCUCCAAAAACUCUACUCUACCAACCUUUUAAUAUAUAUAUUAAACUAUAUAUCAUAAACCAAUAAUAUAUAUCUAAAUGGCCAGCAAGAUCUUGAUCAUCGGAGGAACCGGAUACAUCGGAAAGUUUGUCGUCGAGGCAAGCGCAAAAGCUGGGCACCCGACUUUCGUUUUGGUUAGAGAAAACACAACUACACAUCCUGAGAAGUCCAAGCUCCUUGACAACUUCAAAAAUCUUGGUGUCACAAUUCUUAUUGGUGAUAUUCAUGAUCAUGAAAGUUUGGUAAAGGCGAUCAAACAAGUUGAUGUUGUGAUCUCAACAGUAGGAGGAGAGCUCCUCGCUGACCAAGUCAAACUCAUCGAAGCUAUCAAGGAAUGCGGAAAUAUUAAGAGAUUUUUACCUUCGGAAUUCGGAACCGAUGUCGACCAUGCCAACGCAGUGGAGCCAGCCAAGAGCGUGUUUGCAGGAAAGGCAGCCAUCCGCAGAGCCAUCGAAGCUGCUGGAAUCCCACACACUUUCGUAUCCUGCAACGGUUUCGCCGGGUAUUUUUUACCCACUAUUGGCCAAAUGGACACAUACACUGCCCCUAGAGAAAAAAUUUCCAUCAUUGGUGAUGGAAAUCCUAAAGUUGUUUUUGUCAAGGAAGAGGAUAUUGCAUUGGUGACCAUCAAAGCCGUGGAGGACCCUCGAACGUUGAACAAGACCUUGAUUUUCAGACCACCAGGCAACACCCUGUCCUUUAACGAAAUUGUUUCCAUAUGGGAAAGCAAAAUCGGAAAGACCCUCGAGAAAACAUACAUUCCCGAGGAACAACUUCUCAAAAUGAUCCAAGAGUCUCCUUUUGGGUUGAGCGUCGUAUUGGCCAUAACGCAUUCUGUUAUGAUUAACGGAGAUGGAACAAAUUUUGAAAUCGAGCCUUCGUGGGGUGUGGAGGCGAGUGAGCUCUAUCCAGAGAUCAAGUUCACCAGCGUUGAUGAGUAUCUGACCCACCUCGCUUAAAAUUAACGUUUUAAUCUGUAUGUGUCGUGAUCGAGUGUUAUUAUGUACUAUGUUUUUGUAUGAGGUAAAAGUUAUUACUAUUUAUUAUCUUGUUACAACCUGUUGUUGUUCAGUACACGAUUUUAUCUUUUUUGUUA